AUGCGAGCCUACUGGUACGACAACAAGCCGGGCGACCAGCGCGAGCCGCACGACUCCGGUCGCGAAGUCUCGGAAGAGACCCUCACCAAGCUCGGUGUUCUAUACCACCACUGCCCGACGCUUGAGGCCGUCGAUACCCUGGCUCAGAACCGCGGAUACAAGAACCGGGAUCAGGUGUGCGUUUCGCCUCAGACUAUGGGAGAUGUGUACGAGGAGAAGGUGAAGAUGUUCUUUGCGGAGCAUCUGCAUGAGGAUGAGGAGAUCCGGUAUAUCCUCGAUGGAGAGGGAUACUUUGAUGUUCGUGGGGUUGAGGAUGAAUGGAUUCGGAUCUGCCUGCGCAAGGACGAUAUGAUUAUUCUUCCUGCUGGUAUUUACCACCGCUUCACGACCAAUGAGCAGAACUAUGUCAAGGCGAUGCGUCUCUUCCAGGACGAGCCCAAGUGGACACCGCUGAACCGUGGAGCUGAGGUCGAUGUGAACCCGCACCGCAAGAACUACCUAGACAGCUAUCUGCAGCCGACCGCUGCAGCGAACUAG